CCGGUGUGCCGAGUGCUGCCCACACCAGUAACAACUAUGCGGUAUUUACUUGCGACACUUCGCAUUGAAUUAAUUUCAGUUCGUUUAGAACAUUGCUUUAGAAAAGUCAAUAUUUUGGAAUAGCUUCCUACAACAAGCGUGAAUUUACAUAUAUAUCGUUUAAUUUGUUAAUAAUAAUUUAAAAAUGGCAAACGACAACUUGGCAGCAGUUUUAUACGGCAUUGAGGAUCUACGUCUGGAACAACGUCCAAUACCGGCAAUCUCCGACGAUGAGGUGCUCUUAAAAAUGGACUCCGUCGGUAUUUGUGGUUCCGAUGUGCACUAUUUGGUGCAUGGACGUAUUGGCCACUUCGUACUCACGAACCCAAUGAUCAUCGGACACGAGGCUUCCGGUGUAGUGGCUAAAGUUGGCAAAAAAGUUCAACAUUUGGCUGUUGGCGAUCGUGUUGCUUGCGAGCCGGGUGUACCCUGCCGUUAUUGUGAACACUGCAAAGCAGGACAAUAUAAUCUCUGCCCAGAUAUGGUAUUUUGUGCGACACCCCCUUAUGAUGGUAAUCUCACACGUUACUAUAAACAUGCUGCAGACUUUUGCUAUAAAUUGCCCGAUCAUGUCACUAUGGAGGAGGGUGCAUUGUUGGAACCACUCUCAGUUGGUGUACACGCUUGUCGUCGUGCUGGUGUUGGACUUGGUUCAAAGGUGCUUGUUUUAGGUGCUGGACCAAUUGGUUUGGUGACACUACUUGCUGCGCAGGCAAUGGGCGCUGAACAAGUGCUGAUUACAGAUUUGGUGCAACAACGUUUAAAUGUGGCCAAGGAAUUGGGUGCCACACAUACACUACUUAUGAACAAGGAUGAUAGCGCCGAAGAGGUGGCGAAACAGGUACAUAAGCUAAUGGGUGUGGAACCGGACAAGUCGAUCGAUUGUUGCGGUGCUGAGUCUACAACCAGGCUGAGUAUUUUGGCUACGCGCUCUGGCGGUUGUGUUGUUAUCGUAGGCAUGGGUGCUGCUGAGCCAAAAAUUCCACUGAUCAAUGCGUUGACUCGCUAAGUUGAUAUACGUGGUGUUUUCCGUUACCGCAAUGACUACCCCGCUGCAUUAGCUUUAUUUACUUCCGGCAAGGUGAAUAUGAAAUGUUUUAUUACAAAUCAUUUUGAUAUCACCGAGACAGCGAAGGCAUUUGAAACUCCACGCUAUGGACAUGAAGUGCCAUCAAAGUUAUGAUUCACGUACAACCCAAAGACACAAACAAUAAAGUUUGAAGGAUUUGGCUCCUGUGGAGCUGAAAUCUCGCAGAAUAGAA